CCGGCGCCUUGCCGCGCCCGGCGCCGGCUGCUGAAGCCCCGGACGCGCCGCUCGCCUGCCGCCCGGAGCCGGCCGCCCUCCUGUGCCCAAGAUGUGGCACAACGUCGGGCUGACCCUGCUCGUGUUCGUGGCCACGCUGCUGAUCGUGCUGCUGCUGAUGGUGUGCGGUUGGUACUUUGUUUGGCAUCUUUUUUUGUCAAAAUUCAAGUUUCUUCGGGAGCUGGUGGGAGACACAGGGUCCCAGGAAGGAGAUCACGAGCCUUCAGGGUCUGAAACGGAAGACGACGCUUCCUCCUCCGCACCCCGGGUCAGAUCUGCUCGCCAGAGAAGGGCACCUGCGGAUGAAGGGCACUGAGCCCCCGCCGCG